AGCCUGACAGUUUUUGAAAAGAACUGACUAAUCGGGCAGGCAACACGCUGGGAAUUCAAGUUACGCCCUCGGCAGUGCGCCUCGUAAACAGAGGAGAAGCUAUGCCUUAUACGUGGCAUAUUAGUGAUCCUUCCAUCAAACCUCUCAUUGAGAAACCCAUGAGCAAGCACUCUGUAGGUGCAUAUAUGAAGCUCCACACGAAUGUUGGGCGUUCUUUCUGGGCUGUUCACUCUUAUAAUACUAGAAGGGGUUCAGAAAGCUCGGCCGCCCGUCCUCCUCCCACCGACAUAUCUCCCCCAGAUCGGGACUUAGGGGCCCAGGACGGGAGUGCGGAGCCUACAGUCCGCAAGCAGCUGCAAGACCUGCAUGAAGAUACGACGAGAUUGCUGGACCGCUUGGAACAGGCUAAGGCAAGAUUUCUCAAGCAGACAUGGGCCGAUGCUGAGUCUCAGAUGGAGAUAAUCAAGUCAAUAGUCCAAGAUGCACAGACGAUGAUUAAGAUGCACCAACGGCUGCUGCCAAGUUAAGUCUAGGGGAGACCUUUCCACCAUAUAUUCCACUUUCAUUCCAACGGCGGUUAUUGCAGGAUACAUUCAAAAUUGACCGGUUGAUUUAUUACGACUAUAAGCAGUCCAACGGGAGGUACUGGAAGGAGACUCAUAACCGCAAUAUGACGAACUGCCG